GGAAAACGGCAGCGACAACAGCAGCCCGAUGCGGCAGCUGCCAGCGUGCUGCGCUCGUUCGACCUCCUUCGUCUUGCGGCAUCUUAUCAACAUGGCCUCCGUGUUGACGGCCACAACCUUCUUCUAUCCAUUGAAUGGCCAGCAGUGCAAACCCGAGGCGUCACUUACGUCUUCCCCUGUAUGUCAAGCUUCUCGUUUCAGCGCCUGCUACCUUGGGUGGACAUCCAUGGCCUUCCUUAUCUCGUGGACGUCGUGAACUUUGUUGAAACCCGUUCUGCCUCGUUCCUCCUGAGCACGGUUGUGUUUUGCGUGGCCGUGUGGUACGGCCACCUCCCACUCCUCCGCGACUUUGGUGGUCCGCGCUGCCAUCAUCUCUCCGGUCUGGAUUUUACCAUGGCUAUGAAUAUUGCUGCGAAGAAUGGCCAUGUAGCCAUCGUGCAGUGGUUGCAUGCCAAUCGCAAGGAAAGCUGCACGUCUGCCGCCAUCGACGACGCAGCGCUUCGAGGGCACGUCCAUGUCGUCGACUACCUCCAUCGCACUGGCCUGGUGAUAUUUUCGUCGCGAUUGUCCGAGAUCAUGCUGCAGGUUGUCGCAAAGGGAGAUGUUGGAAUGGUAGAAUGGUUACAUCGCCAUCGGACGCGACAGUGGCCUCGCGGGCUCAUGGACGCGAUCGCCGCGUCCGGAAACGUGUCCAUGAUGGCUUAUUUCCACGUGCAUACAAACGAGCGUUGUACGACCCAUGCGAUGGACGUCGCAGCCAGUCGUGGCCAUUUGGAAAUGGUGCAGUUUCUGCAUUACCAUCGACACGAAGGAUGUACGACCCAAGCGAUCGAUUUGGCGGGUGGCAAUGGCCAUUUGGACAUUGUCCAAUGGCUGGUCAAUAAUCGUCACGAACGGUGCUCGUGGAACACCAUCUACCUCGCGGCUUGCAAUGGCCAUGUUCGCAUGUUGCGCUUCCUGUUUCACAUCGACCAGCUUCAUGCGAUGCCGUGGCGAUGUGCAUCGGUGGUGGCUCAGACCAGCGGUCGACUCGAUGCAUUGGCGAUGCUAAACCAAGUCAAGUCUACGUGCAACAAGCAAAGCCAAAAGCAGCAAGCAUCGCAUCGACGACGACACCACGGCCGCAGUUCGUAACGUGAAGCCAGUAUAGUAAAGUCAAGCCUAAACCGUGCAACAUGAAGUGUUUCAACUACA